AUGUAUCGGAAGUUGUCUAAGUUAGAACACUCGGAAAUAAAACAACUUCUUACAGAAGCUAAUAUAGAUGUUGCAAAACAUUACGCAACAAACAAAAAAGCACUCGCUGACUUCAUUAAAGACUAUAAUGGUGCAAUAAGUUAUGAUAGAAUUCAUGAGUUCAUAAAGCUGCAACGCGGCGAGGACGAAGUCCAUGCAAGAGCAUUUCCUUUAAAUGACGUUGCUAUUGACUUAUAUCAUAGACGUUCAGUACCUCAUGAAGUAAGAAGAGAAAUGUUUGACAUAACAAAUGCGAACGUUGGUGAAACAAGAAGAAGAGACGACACACUGAAACAACAGAGAAGAGAGAU